AUGAGGGCCAGCGGGGCAGGGACGGAAGGAUUGCCCCAAACCGAGGAUGCUGUCUCUGCGCUUGCGGAGCGCCUUGAGGCAUGGCGCAUCUCGCUGAGCGCAGCGAGCAAGGCGCUGGACCAAGAGUGGGGCGUGGCACCGUCGAACUGUGGGCUAGUCAGUGCGCCAACGGCGGGCAAGGAGCGCAACGUGGACGAGGAACGACAUGCGGCGGAAGGCGGAGAACGGAGGCACGUUGUCGAUCUCAUUUCUCUCUCAUUGGAAAACCUCGAGCUCGUGGCUUUGCAAGAGCCCAUCCAAUCAUUGUGCAGUUGUUUGUGCCUGAUCCAAGAGAUUCGAGACCGACGCCUUCCGUUCUGCUUUCUCUUCGUGCUUCUUCUCAGCUUUGUCUCAGAUCCUACGAUUUGGAGGGACGGCAUCUGUCUUGAAUUCGAGUUCUGCACUCCAGUCGAGGUGAUGCUCUCGAGCCGAGAAGAAGUCCGGCCCUGCGGACCAAUAAGGCCCUUUCUUGAGAGGGGCGGACUACGCGACGAAAUCUCAGCUUGCACUCAUCCCGAGAGCGCGGGCCCUUCCUUUCUAGCUGCCGCAGGGGACUUCGACGGGCCGGCGACCGCAGCGUCAGCUCUGGGGAAGCUGGCUAGCCCUCGUGCCUUAGAGACUCCUCAGCCACAACUACGUGGAACGCCCGUGGAGAGAUAUGUACCCUCCGCCGCCCGUAGCGCAACCGCCUCGGUCCCACACCCCGCCGCUCAAAGUCCCCGGUCAAAUACCAGCGACCGCGGCCAAUCUGACGGAGACUCGCGACACUCCAACUCGGACGCAGUAGAGGGAGCUAGGACAAGUGACAUCGUUCCGCUCAAGCUAGGACGGGUCUGCACGAAGAUGGCGUUACAAGUGCAGACGACAUGGACGUGGAUGCGCGAGCAGUCCCCGACGACCCAGUGCAGGCGGCCUGUUGAGAUUCACCUUGUAGGGGACUAG